CUGCUGCCUUAUGUAUAGUUUGCUUCCUUAUGGAUAUCUGCUUCCCACCCGCUUUGCCCAUCGCCGGAGCCGGAGGUAAAAGAUGGGGCCUUGUUUUUUACUGUUUUCGCCUCCCCCCUUCGGAGCCGGGCGACCCUCUCCGCUGUGGUUCCCCAAGACUUUUUUUUUUUUUGAGUCAUUCGGAGUGAGGUUUUGGGCGGGAUUGCUUAAUGUGGUAGGUGAGCCGAGUAUUACGUUCUUCGUUCUUGGCUGUUGUAGGACGGCGUGUUUGUCGUUGGGCCCUUAUUUCUUCAUUCUCGUAAUUUGAUGUACUUGACUUUCUUUCUUUCUUUUUAUUUUUCAUAGACUCAUAGUUUGAUCAAUUCGACUUUCGUUGCUUCGUGUUUUGGGAAAGUCAUCCAGCACACAUAUAUCUCUCAUAUA